CUUCUGAUACUACUAUUUGUCAAGUACCAGAAUGUGGAAAAACAUUCACUUAUCACAAAACCACUUCUACUAUGAAAACACAUCUUUCAAGUGUUCAUUAUAUUACAAAAACUGUCAUUGAAAAACAACAAAGCUCUAUAUCAUCCAUGACUCAGAUAUUGUUACCAAAAAUUAUAAGCAAUACAAUAAAAGUACCUUAUAGUACCAAACAACAAAAGGAAAUCAAUCAAUAUUUAGUAAAAUUUAUUGUGGGAACUGUUCAAUCUCUUCAAUUAGUUAAAGCUCCUGAUUUUCUUAACUUUUGUAAAAAAUUAGAUUCCAAAUAUAAAGUUUCAGUUACAAAAAUAUUAAAAGAUGAAAUUGAUUUCACAUAUCACUAUACAUAUGAUCAAGUAAAAGAAGAAAUCAACAACAGUGCUGAAUAUGUUGCACUUACUUUGGAUUUCUGGAAUUCUAAAGCACAUCUAUCUUAUUUAGGAGUUACUUGUCAUUGGUUGUCAUUAAAUUUCGAAUACAAAAAAAUUCUCCUAACUAUUGGAGAGUUACCAUAUCCACAUGAAGCUUCUCAAAUAGUAGAAUAUAUGAAAAACUUGCUUAAUAUAUGGAAUUUAGAGUUUAAAGUCUUAUCUAUUACAACUGAUAAUGCUGCUAAUGUGAAAAAAGCAAUUAGAAAUCUCGGAGUUGGAACUCAUUCAUUAAUUCCAACCAGUCUUGAAUGGCAUACAAUUGAAAAACUUAUACCACUUCUUGAACCUUUUGAACAAGCAACUCGUUUAAUGAGUGGUUCCAAGUUUGCUACUCUUGGAAUAAUGUAUCCAGUUAUGAUUGGAUUACUGAAUAGAUUACCAAAUGAUUUUUCUAAUCUUAAUGAUCGAAUGGCCAACAAUGUUAAAGAUAUUAUCCAAGAUGAUAUGAAGUCCAGAUGGGAAUUACCUCAUGAGCUGGGAAUAUAUGAUUCAUUCUUUGAUCUAUGA